AUGGAGCCUGGGUACCUGAAUCAUGGUCACCCUUGUAGAGCAACAACACUUGUUACUCUUUCAUUUUUGCUCUUCACACUAGUGUUCUUCUCCAGCUUCACUUAUGCUUCCUCUUCUUCUGUGUAUCCGGAAUUGAAUCCUAUAAAACCUAGACACUCGCGUCUUCUCAGGAGUGCCGUGCAACGUGAAACUCCUACAUCACAGCUUUCUGAACUAUGGUCACCUCUGGAAAGCCAAGGAUGGAAACCUUAUGUUGAAUCAAAUAAACCAACAUUACCAGAAAAGUCCGAGGGAUAUAUCCAAGUCUUUCUCGAUGGAGGUUUGAACCAGCAAAGGAUGGGGAUAUGUGAUGCAGUUGCUGUUGCAAAGAUACUGAAUGCUACACUAGUGAUCCCAUACCUUGAAUUAAAUCCUGUAUGGCGAGAUUCAAGCUCCUUCAUGGAUAUAUUUGAUGUAGAUCAUUUCAUUGAUGUAUUGAAGGAUGAUAUUUCUAUAGUUAAAGAGCUUCCUGGAGAGUACUCUUGGAGCACAAGGGAGUACUAUGGCUUGGCUAUUCGAGAAACCAGAAUCAAGGCUGCACCUGUGCAUGCAUCAGCCCACUGGUAUCUGGAGAAUGUUUUGCCAGUCCUACAGAGUUAUGGUAUUGCUGCAAUCUCUCCAUUUUCUCAUCGACUGAGUUUUGACAACUUACCUAUGGAUAUUCAACAUCUACGCUGUAAAGUCAACUUUGAAGCUUUAAUCUUUGUUCCUCAUAUCAGAACACUUGGAGAUGCCCUUAUCAGCCGCCUUCGCUAUCCAGAAGGCUCAGCUGGAGAAAUGGGCUCCAACAACCUUCAAGAGGUCACCAGUGCACCUGCUAGGAAAAAUGCGGGGAAGUUUGUUGUUCUACACCUCCGAUUUGAUAAGGAUAUGGCAGCACAUUCAGCCUGCGAUUUUGGUGGAGGAAAAGGUGAAAAAUUGGCCCUUGCAAAGUACAGACAGGUUAUUUGGCAAGGGAGGGUUCUUAACUCCCAAUUCACUGAUGAAGAGUUGAGGAGUCAAGGUCGUUGUCCAAUGACUCCAGAAGAGGUUGGAUUGUUGCUGGCAGCUCUUGGGUUUGAUAAUAGCACUCGUUUAUAUCUCGCUUCCCACAAGGUCUAUGGUGGAGAAGCAAGGAUUUCAACUUUGAGGGAAUUGUUUCCUCUAAUGGAAGACAAAAAGAGCCUUGCUUCAUCUGAUGAACGUGCUCAGAUAAAGGGAAAAGCUUCUCUAUUAGCUGCACUUGACUACUAUGUUGGCUUGCAUAGUGACAUCUUCAUCUCUGCUUCCCCAGGAAACAUGCACAAUGCGUUGGUUGGACACCGUACUUACCUGAACUUAAAGACCGUAAGGCCAAAUAUGGCAUUGAUGGGUCAGCUGUUCCUAAAUAAAACCAUAGAGUGGUCAGAGUUUCAGGAUGCAGUGGUUGAAGGUCAUCAAAGCAGACAAGGCCAACUAAGGCUCAGGAAGCCCAAACAAUCCAUUUACACGUAUCCUGCUCCUGAUUGCAUGUGUCAAGCUUAG